UCCGUCGAACAGUAAACCCCAAGUUAUCUCUCAUCAUGACUGGACGUGGAAAGGGAGGAAAAGGAUUGGGAAAAGGAGGAGCCAAGCGCCACAGGAAGGUUCUGCGUGAUAACAUCCAGGGAAUCACCAAGCCUGCCAUCCGCCGUCUGGCUCGUCGUGGCGGAGUCAAGCGUAUCUCCGGACUGAUCUACGAGGAGACUCGUGGUGUACUCAAGGUCUUCCUCGAGAACGUUAUCCGUGACGCUGUCACUUACACCGAGCACGCCAAGCGCAAGACCGUCACCGCCAUGGACGUAGUCUACGCACUCAAGAGACAGGGCCGCACCUUGUACGGUUUCGGCGGUUAAGCAUCAAUGCCUUGAUCAUCUUAUAAAAAAAAACAAUCGGCCUUUUUCAAGGCCA